AUGUCAAACACACCACCAGAACAAAAUAAUACUACUCAAUAUUUGGUUAAAAAUUUGGCUGUUUCAGUUGAAAAAGUUUUAAAUGAAAAAGAAAAAAGAAAACGUUCCAUGGAAGAAAUUGAAGACGAAAUUUUUGAUAUAGAAAUUCAGAUAAAAGAAUUAAAGAAAAAAAACGAAGAAUAUAUUGCAGCGAAAGAAAGAAAACUCGAAAAAAAAUUGAAAAGACAACUAAGACAAUACGAGAAUAAAUAA